UUGAAGUGGUUUCCAUCAGAUCCAGGGGUUGCAGUUUGGGGCCAGGGCUCUCAGCCCCCCCACUAGAAAGACUGUUCCUGUGCCCUGUCUGGGCCUGGUCCCCUACGCAGGAAAUCUGCUGGUAUGUGUCAGCUAGAGCCCUGGGUCCCCCCAGCAUGGCCAUCCCCCCUCUCAGAUGGGUUCCAGGGGCACAGCAGCAGACAGCUGGGUGCUCCUGUCCCUCAGGGACCUGGGCCUCACACCUAGUUGUGUGGCACUGCUUUAGGCAACACGGAAACAGAACGGCGUUGGCCAGGUGGUGGGACCUUGCAGUACCUGCCAAGUCACACCCAUGCGGGGGACCCCAUUGUGUAGAGCAAAAUGCUGCUGGUCGGGGACAGAAUCGUCCCAAGGCCUGGAUCUGCCAGCUGGAUCACUUCUAGGUGAUGGAUUGCUUGGAAACUCCGGAUUAUUUCUGUGCUGGCGGAAAUGACCAGAACUGUUUUCCUACCAUGCGGAUGGACUGUGGGUGAAUGUAGCCCAUUAGUGGCUUUCGUUGAAUGGCUGGCACUGUGCUUGGGGUGGGGCCAGGAGUAUUUAUCUUAGCACUGCUCUGUGUCUUGAUGUUGCUGCUCUGCAUGCUGUUAUCCAGGACCUCUGGUCUUGCAAGAUUCUCUGUCAUUAUGAUUUUCUUCUCUGCUGUGAUCGUUAUGUUGGUUCUGGUACUUUUCCCUCGUGCCAGUGAGUUCCCAGCACCGGCUACAGAAAUAAAGAUCGUGGACACCUUCUUUAUUGGCCGCUACGUCCUGGUCUCUCUUCUCAGUGUGACGUUUCUAGGAAGCCUGUUCCUGGUUCUGGUUCACCAUGUCUUGGAGCCAGUGUAUGCUAAACCACUCCGAGUUAACUAGCUAUUAUGAAGAAGGGAAUUCCCUAUGCUCCAAAGCAGACAAGUCACCAGUUGGGUAAAGAAAAUAUGCUCUCCAAAUCUCUCCAGAAGCCUUUCUUCAAGUGAUGUCAUGAUACCUACACUGACUUCCAGAAUCAGCAUCUGCUUUCUGAGGCCCUGGCAUCUCCAGAAUGAAGUUGUAGAAUGUGUAUGCUUUGGACUGGAUAAUUACCAAGAGCAGCUUCUGUGUUUUUUGAAGCUGAGAACUGUUUCCUGGCAGAGACAGGGCUGCUUACAGACUUCAUCAUGUCUCACCAGUAUUUGUUUCCAGGGGUAUAUCUAUGAUCUCUGUUCUAUGGAAAUUCAGCUCGUCUUGCUUCUCCUGUGCCUCAUCUACAGUUAUAGUUCUGUCUGAAACUUCCUAAAAGAUCUGAUCCUUACCCGAACCACUGGGGUCUAAAAGUCAGGCUGGACAUCUUUCCAGCAUAGGAGGUGGUGCAGAAUGCCAUGAUGGAGGCCUGAGCUGGUGCUUUUGGCUGAAAGUGGGAUGUGUGGAAAUACAUAAAUAAAAAGAGAAACUGAACUUGGAGGCUUUAGCCCAGCUCAGUUUGAACUGUGGGUGUCAGAAGUUUGGGUUGGUUUAUCUGUCCCUGCCGUUUUUGUCAUUUGUAAUCAUUCUUGAAACACCUGAGAAAUGAUUUCAGAGGCAGAAGCAAGUGGAGAGGGUAAACUCAUGGGAAAGUGAGAUCCUAUUUUUAUGGCAAUAAAGAAGCAGGAACAGGAACAACCAAAUAUUGUUUCUCAGUUUCUCUGACUUGGAAAGCACUGACAUGGCAGUUCAAAUGUGUUGCUUAUGCACAGCUCGGAAUCCAGGGGCUCUUUCAGAGACACUCUGGCACAAGCAACUGCAUCCAUGUUGCCUUUCUUGAGGUCGCUCUGAACUGUGGUUUACUUUACCUUCUCCUUGUUCCCUUGGAGAGGGUCGGGGAGGGGAUUGUGAGCUCCACUAUGUAGGGAGCUGAAUGUGCAUGUCACUAGAUAUUCCCACCAGCACUUCGGGGGGGGCGGGGGGGAACCUGAUGCAGAAGGUGGAACCACUGAAGGGAGGCUGGAGAUGGCGCGUAGGGACAGAAUGGUUGGAACAGAUGGGGGAACCUCUCCCACAUGCUCUUCUGGGGGCUGAGGCGAUCUGGCCCUGAGCCCCGUGCAAGAGUGAAGUUUUGAAAAGCAGCUUGUGUAAAAACUUAACACCUGAAAAAUGCUGCAGGAGGAGGCAGUGGAGGAAACUGUAGGACAUGCUGCUUUCCAUGCAUGACUAGGCUACCUGGCACCAAACUUUCUACUGUAAUAAAAAACCAUCUUUGGGCUGGGAAUUGGGCCUGAGAAAUUGUAGCCCAGAUAGUAGUAUUUUUUCUCAGACGCAUUCAAAACCCUUUAUAAUGUAUGUGCCACCUUAGACACUUCCCUAACACCCGUGGCACUUGGCAAGAACAGCGGUUGUGUAGCUAGAGCAUUUUAAUAAAGAAAUCACACAUUCAUUCCAGG